AUGGCUAGUGAGGAUAGUUUUCUAGUGCUGGUACAUCACAGAGGGUCGAUUAAGAGGAAAACUCGGUCCGGCGUGAAGUUCACUGAUAAGGAUCCCCUAUGUAUUAUCGUGAGGCCAACAACCACCUACGAUGCUCUCGUUAGCUCUGUGCUGGAGAAGCUUGGUCUGGAAGGAGUUAAAAGGGUUAAGAAGUUUUUCUAUCGCAUCCCAACGACGGUGCUCCAUGAUACCGUGAAGUAUGAUUGUUUCACGAUCGGGAGUGAUGAGGACUUGCAGGUUAUGAUGCUUUGUCGCAGGCAGUUUCCCGACGUAAGGACACCAAUGUUGUUGGCAAAGUUGGUUGAUGUGGUAUCUAGCUCGGGUGGUUCGAACCAGAAUGCCAAUACUAUAGCCACGGUUGCCGGCUCGAGCUCGAGACCUGCGGUUGCUUCAUCCUCCGUUCCUGUGUAUGAGCCACCGAUGCAGCCUGUUGCCUCCCCAUUGUUUGCUGUUGAUCUCAGCGGCAAUGUUGGAGACGAGGUUCGAUAUGGGGAUCAUGUUCCCACCGAAGUGCAGUGUCCCACACCGGCUGGUGUUGGUGAGGGUUUCUUUGAUGAUGCAGAUGACGAUGAUGUCGAGCCGGAUAUGAUCGCUGAUGACAGCGGCGAUGAUCUUGGAACUACUGAUCCGAGAAGGGCUACAGGACGAAAAGAUGAGGCGCUAUUGAGUGUGAAGACUUACAGCAUCCCCCGAGGGGUCCAGUACGAGGUCGUUGAGUCUGACUACCGCAGGUAUAUGGGAAAGUGUUAUGAGUUUGGGAAUGGGUGCACCUGGUUGAUUCGGUUGAGUCUCCGACAGCGGAAGGGCAUCUGGGAAGUGAAGCGGUACAACGGACCGCAUACCUGUCUUGCCACCUCCAUCUCCAGCGACCAUAGGAGUCUGGACUACCAUGUGAUAGCGACAUUCAUUAUGCCGAUGGUUAGGGCUGAUGCUGCCGUCAACAUCAAGGUGCUUCAAAAUGCCACGGCCGCAUACUUUGGGUUCAGGCCUACGUACAGGAGGGUAUGGAUGGCGAAGCAGAAGGCCGUUGCCGUCAUCUAUGGGGACUGA